CACAAAAGUGUAAAUGCAAUUCUAUCAUUCUAUUUUACGACCUCUGCUCAUUUAAAAGGUUUUGUUACGCAUAUAAGGACACUAUUCAAACCAUAAAAAUUACUUUCCUUGAUAUUAUUACUAUUCUUGCCAUGAGUAUUAUUGACAAACCUAACAAAAAAUCAAAGAACUAAUGUUCCUUAAAAGGUAAAAAUAUUCUAUGCGUACAAGUAAUAUUUCCCGGUACAGUGUAAAUUGCUAUAACGAGAAUCGCUAUAAAAUGUUUCCGCAAAGUUUCUAUUACAAAACAAGCAAUCAUUCUCCCGGGUGCGGUGGGCAACAUGAUAUCUUAUAUCGGUGUAUAAUAUGAUACAUGUAUUACGAUUUUACAAAAUACUUGGAAUGUGUUAAUUGUCAUUCAUUUUAAUAACAGUACGGUGGUGCAUUUUCAGCUACAGCUAUAUAUUUUAGAUCUCUUUGCUCAGUUAAACACUUUUGAAUUAUUAACUGGUCGUACACACUAUUUUCUGAUUCAAGCGGGAUAUUCUUUAAUAAAGUAAUUUGUUUCAACAGAUAGUUGGAUUAUUGUUGAAGCUUAUCAUGUAUUUAACAGUUAUUGUUUCGUUUUCGCUACUGAGUUUUGUUCCCAUAGAUGUGGAAGGAUACUUCCAAUUGUGUGACUUUAAUAAGACUAUUUUUGCAUCAGAGGAAUCAACCGCAACGUUUCUAGCUAAUUUUACAUAUAAAGAAUACUUUAUUUCUUUCCACAAACCUGACAGACAAUACAGGAAUAUAUUUGUUGUUUUUGGUCAUCGUGACGGUCAUAUAGCUGAGGACAACUUAUACUGGAAAGAUAGUUCAUGGAAAAACAGAACUCAUAUUAGCAGUCAACUAAACACGAACAACCACAUCGAUAUUAGAAUAGAUGUAAGCAAUAUCAGUAUGGCGGAUAAUGGAACAUACGAAUUAAAUUUUGGUGAAAAUGUUUGUUUCGUCCUGUUUGUAAUGCAAAUACGGCUGGAACCAAGUGGAACUGGAGCCAUAGAGGAAAAUACGCCAGUAUUUGUGUAUGCUCAUCCACAUGCGUCAGUUAUUACACGUCCGUUUGCAAAUGCAACAAUGGUUUGGUUAUUCGAUGGGCUAUCUGCCAAUCAAACGGCAAGUUUUAUCCAACAAGAUGGUUUGAUUUGGAUACCACAUAUCACGAGAGGUCUAGACGGGAGGAAUGUAACGUACCGAGCCGUACAGGAUAACGGAAAUGUCAACGAAGUCAAUUUUAUUCUGGAUGUCACGUAUGGACCAAGCAAACCUCUCACCUUAGUACCAGGACAGACACAAUAUUAUCUCGUGAGUGGAGAUCUUAUGCCGGACAUAACUUGUACAAGCGACUGUAAACCGCCGUGUUCUACUUCAUGGGGGAAAUAUAGCAGAGGCGGAACACUUAGCCUAGGGAUCGUCACACCUUUUAAUACAGGGGAGUACACGUGCACUGCUACAAGGACUGGUGUUAAGACCGUGGAACGGACAGUCAAUAUUUAUGUCGCUGAUAACCCAUCAUUUACAAUAGCCAUUGCAUGCCUAGCAACAGUCCAAGCAUUGACAACGUUAGGACUCGGUCUGUGGGCGUUCCAUAUCUAUAGAAGAAACAAACAAUCGCCAUGCCAAAUGUGUUUUAAUACCAUUGCAAGAAAGUCGCCAAGCACAAAUACAGAUGACGGUUCAAACUUGGAAGCGGUAAAUAAUCAUGGACAGGAGCAUUACGAAGAUUUAGAUCCUGACAUCAGACGCACAAAUAAAGUUUAUGACAAUCCUGCCGCGACUCGUUUAGAGGUAUACGAGAACACCACAUUAUCAUCUAGUCCUACUCUAGGAGUACAACAGACACACAUCUAGCUACGGAUUGAUCGUUCUGUUGACGAACACUCACAUCGUUGAUUUGAAUGCACUGUACUUCAUUCUAAACAAUUUAAAUGGCAGCGCCUUUGCUGUUUUAUAAAACACACCACAAGCGUACUCAAAAGUGAAAUGUAAAGCAUGACAACAUGUCUGAGCAAAUUAAACGUUUCUAAGAAAGAUAAUAGGUAAGGGUAGAUUCCUCGGAAGCAUAGAGCACCAAAAAUACGCCAUUUGCAGUAAAUUCUGCGAUUAUCAUUAUGUGCCUAGUUUAUAUAAAAACAGCAUUUAUAUACAGACACAUCACCCUCAUCUAUUAUCAGCCUGGAACAGUAAAAGUUUCUAACUAAAACGCAAUGUAGACCUUUUGGUUUGCUUGCAAAUUAUUGUUCACUUGAUAUCGUCCAUUCCAAUAUGUUCAUGGGAAGAGAUGCGCGAAGAAUUUUGAAAUGAACAAAUAAGGUUUCAUUAAGAGUUCUUAAUAUGAAAUAAGGCACUGCCUCAAUCGGGAAUCGAUCAGACUUCAACUCAUCCCUUUAACAUUUAAAAAAAACUGUCUACUAGGGUGUUUAAUAACAAGCAAACUGUUGAGAAGCACAAUGACAGACUUAAGGUGAUCACAACAGCUCACACUGUGCUCAGGUGAGCUAAAAAUCAUACAAACUGAAAAGUUACUAGAUUGCAACUCACUGUUAACAAGACUUAACAGACAGACACACAUUAACAAUCUAUUUGCACCACGGCAGGUUAAGAGCUCAGUCUAGGGAGACAUAUUAGCCUUCUUGUGCAAGGCUUGUUUUUUCUAUUUGUGUCAACUGUAAUUCUGAAAUUACUCGUAAAACAAAUCCUAAUUUUGUUUUUAUAUACACAUCAAAAAGACUAGCAUUACACUUUAUUUAUUGAAUAAACUGUUCACAUGUUUAUCUGUAUACACAUUUAUAAUGAUCACAGAUCACACAACUUGUUUUAUCCAUACAUGAAAUAUAGCUGAACUGUGAAUAACAACUUUUAAUAACAGUACUGGAUGCUUUUGUCAGGCUUUGAAAUAAGUAUUGUCAAAAUAAAGAAAAUGUGACUU